CUUCGUGACGUCAGCCUGAUAUUGUUUUACUGUGCUGUGCUCCGUCUCGUCAAAUCCAUGUUGCAGUGAUGUAGCGCACAUUAGGAGGACUUUACCCCGCUGUGGACCAGCUAACCUCGGCUAAUGUUACAGUCCUCCGCCGCUUGAGGUGUCGAGCCGGAAACACGCUGCUGUCCUCCCCUUAUGCUGCGGUUAUCGUCCAGCUAAGAUGUGGCAAAGUGUCGGGCUCACACUGCUGGUCAUUGUGGCCACGCUUGUCUGUGCGCUGCUCUUCAUGCUGUUCGGUUGGUAUGUAGUCUGGCAGCUCUUCUUGUCCAAGUUCAAGUUCCUGCGUGAACUCGUCGGGGACGCCAGUACCCCGCAGGCUGAAACGCAACCGUCCGAAACCAAGAGCGAACGUACUGCCAGCGCGUCGACGCGAAACCGGCCCCGGACCGCACGCCAAAGAGUCGCCUCGCCGGAGAACGCCUCGUAGAUCUCCCCGAAACAGCCGCUGUGUAUUAUUCACGUCUCCACAUGGAACCUCUCGUCUCGUCGAGUGCAAUCAUCAGAGAUAUUUGUCACUGACCCUACACUACACGGGGACCUGGCGGACCUGGCUUCAUUAAUCAGCCCUCCUUCUCACCUGGACACUUUAAACUGACCAGGCAGAUCUCCUGGUUUCAAAGGGAAAAGCCAUCUACCUGUAUAACUGUCCAUUUCUUUAUGUCACCUGUUUGUAUGUUUCCAUUAAGUACUAUAUAAGGAGCAGUGAGUUGAUCCUGUAAUAACGGCCAACUGUCGUGGUCAAGCUGCUUCUUGCCCCCCGUGCGUGGGGUCUGAAAUUCUUUUACGUACAUGUUUUGGUCAUGUAUUUUUUUUUUUUUUUUAGCAGAAGAACGUUCUACUUUGAGCAAAGUAGGAAGGUAACUGUUAAACAUUUCAACGAGAAUGAGAGAAGGCAGACUUAAAAACUGAAACAGUGAUUUGUACAACUGACAAUAUUAAUUUCUUUGAAACGUAACACAGUGCAAUGAAAGGAAUGUCCUUGCUGUCAUUGUGAUUUUUCUUGCACACUCUAGUCGUUGAGGACUGCCGUUUUAUGAAGUGGAAACUGUCGCACCAAGUAGAUGUUGUCCAAAACCUCUGACGGAAGAGGACAAAUGAUCUGGCUUCAUUCCAGUUGUUCCUUUUUUAUAGAUUUGUACUUGAAGAGUCAGGAGAAAGCUUAGAGGAAAUGACUGUUCAGAAGCAGCUGUACAUGUUGUUAGCCGACCUCCCGGAGCAUCAAACAAACAAACAAACAAACAAACAAAAAAAAAACUAGGCUCCCUGCUGCAGAAAAACCAGCCUAAAUGAUGUCCGAGUCUUUUCCCAAUCCCUGUGCCUCUCGUCUGUAUCAGUGCCUGUCUAGAUGGCAUCCGCUGUUCGUUACAUGACUUCCUUUUUGUAUAGCCGGCAGUCGCUUGGUGUCCACUACAGGGCAAAUCAAAAACUGACCAUGGCCUAGUCGGUAUUUAUGUAAUACAGUUUCCCUGAAGGUACAACUCAUGUAACACGCGCACCUUUUUAACAGCAGUGUUUUUUUUUUGUUUUUUUUUGUUCUUUUUCGUCAGUGGAGCAGUAGCUUCAAAUAAAUAAUGCCAUAAAUACCAUAAGUA